AAUAAUUUGAGACGGAGUAUGAGCCAAAUGUAAAUACAAACUGGUGGCAAUUCUUGAGAUUCCAUUUUGGAGAGUGGACAACCCAUUAUAACCGCAACACCUCUCCUUCCUCACCACAAUUAUCACCAAAUUGCAAAAACCAGAAAAACUCUUUAUCACUGAAAAACCUUUCAUUUUUCUUCUGGAUUUGCCAUUAUUUAUAUGCAAAAAAACACACAUAAAAAGUUUGUUGAGUGUACAGAAGAAGAAAAAUCAGAACUUUAUGGGUUAUCUAUCAUGUAAAGCUGAAUCUUCCAUAUCAAUUUCCAAUUCUCAGAGUUGUAAAACCACUCCCAAGAAAACCCAUAAUCAAGAAAAGGAAAAACCCAUCAAAAUUCAAGAGUUUAACUACAAAGAUCUUGAAUUAGCCACUAAUGGUUUCUCUGAACAAAAACUUCUUGGUAGAGGUAGCCAUGGACUUGUUUAUAAAGGUAUACUUCGUAAUGGUCGUCUUGUAGCUGUUAAAAGGUCUUCUAGAAAUGUUGUUUCAAGAAUCACCACUUCAUCUGAUAAUUGUAAUGAGGUAGAGAAUGAAAUUGAUAUUCUUUCCAAAUUACAAAGCCCAAGAUUGGUUAACCUUGUUGGUUUUUCUAAUGAUUCUCAUGACACUCUUUUGGUUGUUGAGUUUAUGUCCAAUGGUACACUUUAUGAUGUCCUUCACUCCAAUUCUCGUCCACUUAGUUGGGGUAGAAGGAUAAAAAUGGCUUUACAAACUGCUAAAGCUGUUGAUAUUUUACAUUCUUUGACUCCUCCUGUUAUUCAUCGUGAUAUUAAGUCUGCUAAUGUGUUGAUAGAUAGGAAUUUCAAUGCUCGUUUGGGUGAUUUUGGGUUAGCGUUAAGGUGUCAUCUUGAUGAUUUUAGGUUGAGGUCUACUCCUCCUGCUGGUACUAUGGGUUAUCUUGAUCCAUGUUAUGUGACUCCUGAUAAUUUGAGUACAAAAACUGAUGUUUUUAGUUUUGGGAUUUUGUUGUUGGAGAUUAUUAGUGGGAGGAAAGCUAUUGAUGUAGCGUAUUCCCCGCCGUCUAUUGUGGAUUGGGCGAUUCCGUUGAUUAAGAGAGGGAAGCUCUUGGCUGUAUACGAUCCGAGGAUUCCGCCUCCCAAGGAUCCUUGUGUAAGAAAGCAAUUGGCGGUUGUGGCUGCGAAAUGUGUGAGGUCAUGUAGGGAGAGGAGGCCAACAAUGAAGGAGGUGUCCGAAUGUUUGAGUGGGUUGAGUAAGUUGGUACCUUUACAUUCUUGGAAUGGUUUUACCAAUCCUUGUUUGAUGGUUGAGACAGUAGGCCGACCUGUGGAGUCUAGAAAAGUUAGUAAACAAAGAGAUUUGGAUGGUGGAGAUGCUGGACUUGCAACGCCAAUGAGGAAUUCGCCGAGGGUUUACUCUGACUUGGGUUUGCGCAGCAAUUUGAUGGAUUUAAUGGCUGGAAAUGAUGGGCUGUCUGAAUUUCAGGGAGAUGGCGACGGGGUUGAACCUAAGCCAAAAUCUAUUAGUAGAGCUUUGAGCUGCAGAUAUGUAAGUGGCUCAGUUGUUGGUAGAAGAAACCAUGAGACUUUAGUUCACAGCAAUGGUAGAGGAGGUACAUCCCGUUCGAGAAGAAACAGUUCAGUUGGUGAGCAUUCAGAUAGGGAUUAAAGAGCUGAUAUGAUUGUUAGUUCAAAUCUCUUGAACUCUGGAUGCCAACUUGCCAAUCUCAGUAGAGCAUUGCAAUAUUUGGAAAGUCAUUCGGAAUCUCUUUCUGAUUUGAUGAGCAAGUCAAGCUACUUCCUGGAAGCUGCUGUUGCUUUCAAAUCGUAUGGAAGUAAGAUAUUGUAGGGUUGUCGAAUUCUUUAUGCUCUUAUUUUAGAGCAUUAGUAAAUUCGAUUUGAUUAGUCAUGUAUGUUGCUCAAGAGCACACCUGUUGUACUUUUCACAAAUUGUUCAUCCUUUCUUCUGUAUUUCAAUUGUUGAUAUUAUAUGAAUAGUGACAAAUGAUUAGCUUC